AUGCUCCAGGAAGAUCUUCCUCCAGGUGGGCGCAGAGGCCCGGCCCAGGGAGCUGGAGCCCCCAUACCUUUCCUCUCAACACCUCCCCGCCCAAAUCUUUCUCCUCCAAAACCCCACACCCGGUGGUUACCUCAGGGGUCUCCCGUGAUCCAGACUCCACACCCAAGACCCCUGGGGCAGCUUCGGAUCUCAAAAGCAGAAAGAGGCCCAGGCAGACCGCGGGGUCAGAGCAAAAACUGUUGGAACACGACGGACUCUAGGACCCAGGGAGGGGGAAUAAAGAGCACAGGGGGGAACAAGAGGGAGACCAGCCCCAGGGAGACGGUGUUUACAACUGCCACUUCCGGAGACUCGACUUCCCUCGCAGACCUCCGCAGACUUUCGCUGGCCGCGGCCCCGCCCGAGCCCGGGCGGCCCCUUUCCUCCCGCCUCCGGCAGCCGGCAGCUCCAGGAUACGCACUCGGAGAACGCCGGGCUCCGAUUGGAAGAUCCGGGCCCGCGAAGCUGCGCGGCUUCGCUGGAAGGCGAUCGGCGCAUGCGCUGUUGCUGGGGAGCGGCGCGCUCGCAACCGCGCGCGGUCCCGCGCCUGGCGCGGGCCUUCCCCACUUCUACCCCCGCCUGAGGAUCCUUCGGCCCACGUUCCAGUGUGGUGGUCUCAGUGUGAGGUUCCCGGGUCACCGUCCCAGAAUCCCCAGAGAGCCGACUGAAAAGACACUUGUAAUCAGGACCUUUGCUGUGGCUGAUGCAAGUCACCCACCUCCUCCUCCUGUGCAAAUUCUCAACAUUUUUACAAGUUGACAACUAACAUCUAGGGCAUUUUUAAACCGGGAAAUAUGAGAGGAGAAGAUCAAAAAAUAGAAAAAAAAUCAAAAGCAGGCCUAAGGGCACAUAUGCACCUUUCCGACACUAAGGGAGUGUUAUGAGCUGAUUGUGUACAUGUGAGCCGCAGGGUUUUUUAACACCAGAUGAGCCACAUCCUUUUGACCCUAGUAACCUCUCCCAGAAGGUUCAAACACCAGGUGCUUGAUUAUUACGCUGCUUUGGUAUCAAUUGUUAGAACUGCGAGCCCUGCCAUAAUUGUUGCUCUUGGUGGCCCUGGUUCUUUGCUCCUUCGAUCCCCAUACUGUGUGCUACAACGGAAAUGAUCCUUCUGAAGCAUAACUCUGAUUACAUUACCCUUCAUUAAUUCUUUUAAUGGCUCCUCAGUCCUUACUGGAUAAAACCCUUACUUUUCCUCCAUCCAUCAAGGGCCCUUAUUCUUGUCCCCACCUGCCUUUCCAGCCUUACCUUCUCCUAUCUCACAAUAAAUCUUCCCUCUCAUUCAC